AGAAAUGAGUAUUCAUUUGCGCUGAUCCAGCUGCUUCAUAUAGUUCAUAACCAUUCCUAAGAUAAAAUUAUUGCCUUGCAUGGAAAGGCAUUUCUUCAUUUAAUUUACCUAAUGUAAUCUAUGUAAACUUACCUCCCAUGCAUAAAAAUAAUCUUCUUCAAAACAGCCUACCUUUCAUCACCUCAAAAUGUACAUUCAAAAUAUGAUGAUUACGUCACAAUGUCAUUACAUUAACUUCACAGCAUUAGUGGAGCUCUACUGAUAAUUUUAAAUUGCUGCUUCAACUACUGACUUAUUGAUCUGCUGCAGUGAACGGUUAAAUUUAAAAAUCAGUUUAUAUUUCACUAGGUUAUGAUUCCGCAAUGUUGAUAUUAUUAUUUGUAGCUAUGCUAUCUUUUGAUGAGCUCAUUGUUUUAGCUUUUGAAGAGCUCACCACGAUCGAUAAUGAAUGGUUUCGUCCGCCUUGUCCAAGUGAUUCAAUGAUCUUGCAGAUGUCUUUUGCCCAAAUCAAGAAAAAACUGCGAGAAUUUAGGGUUUUACCAGAUCUCAUAAACGAGCCUCCAAAAUUGCCAAUGAUGGUAGAAUGGAUAGAGGAAGAAGCAGAGUUUGGGAAUUAUAUCGAGACAUACGUCAUCAAAAUAGCUCCUUUUUGGAUCGAGUGGAAAUGCGACUAUUACGAAUUACACACUGUGAUGAUGCUUGGACUUGAUGAGCCGUCUGUGACAAACCCGUAUUUGCGCCAAUAUCAAUUCUGGAUUGUUGGCAAUGUUGAGGAAUUUAACUUUAUUCGUGGCGAGGAAAUAGCUGCGUGGAUACCACCAAGACCUGCCAAUGGAUCCGGACCACAUCGUUAUGUAUUUUUAGUCUACCGCCAACCUCAAAAACUUGAUUUCAUGGAACAUCACUUGACAGAAACCCAAUUUUUAGAUCAAAGAGGCAACUUUUCUCACCAAUCCUUCGCUAAAAAGUACAAUCUGGGCAAGCCAAUUGCAAUUAAUUUUUUCGUCUCCGGACACGCUGCUCCACCGUUUUAGUCACUCACUUACACUCAGCCAUAGUUGCAGCCCUAAUAAUAUUGCAGGUAAUUUGAAUAUCGACAGUAAAACUACGUGAACCUGUCCUUACAUAAAUCGCGUCUUUCCAAAAUAUAUUUAUUCGAAGGUAAAUACAAUAUUUUGGAUGGCAUGAGGAAGGAAAACAUUCUUUAAAUGUAAAUCAAAGCUUGAGAGCUACAUUUUUAAGCUUUUGAACUGGAGAGACUAUGAGGCGUAUAAUUUCAAAUUUUCAUCUCGGAAAUUCUUGCACAUGUGUCCUCUACAAUGUCUUCCAUGUAUUAUGGAUUAUUUUUAAACUAGGUAUCGGAUCAAGAUUCUCGCCCUGAUUUGAUAAGGCAAGUAUGCCACCUCUGAUAAAACCGCUGAGGCUCAUUGAUUUUAUAGUGUGUGAUUUAAUGUCGAUAUUGUCUUCCUCAAGGCAUCUAAAAAGUGUACUAUUCUCAUGAGCUUCUUAUCCAUUUAUAUUUAGUUAGCAAUGUGAUUUUUUAUACAUUUACCAUUCGUUACUUUCAAAAAUGAUCACCAUUUUCACCAAACGUAGCAUGCAUAUUUGUGUAUUCCCAUUUUUCAAAAAUAAUAUUUUUACGAUUAAAUUGUUCGAGUUAUCCUUUUUUUCGGUAGAAGAAGGAAAGCUUUAAUUUAUAUUAAAGACGUUAAAUCAAAUUUGUAAAA